GACGGCGGCCUAUUGUCCAGCGAAUGCCUGGUCACUGACUGGCCCAUCCUUGUCCUGGAGGCCACCCGCCAUCAACCAACAGCAGUCUAACGCGUAUUCGGAUCGGGUCGAUGCUCCCUGGCCAUCCGGUCGGUGGUCUCGUGCGACCAGGCCGACACAGUCCAACACUCCCACCAGCCAGCUGCCGUCGGUUCUGCGUACGGAGACAGUCGCUGUAUCGCUGGAGUAUAGGAGUAUCGCUGUUGGCAUAUUUGCUGGACAGUUACGAUUCAAAUGGUAAAAGAUGCCAUAUGAAUAUGGGAAUGCGCUACUACGUGUCACAUCUGGACGUGAUAACGAUGUUUUGCUAAUGCGCAAUUCCUUUCAGUCGCCAAUGCAUUGAUAGCCGCAUGAUACAACGAACUGUAGAAUCGUUGGAUGACAGACAGUUUGUGUUUCAGGUGUGGGACACUAAUACCAUGACGAAAAGCGAGACAUUUCGUUUCGAUGAGAAACUCAUUUGUCAUGCAAUGUCACCAGUUGCCACGGCACACAGUCUCAUUGCUGUGGGCGGCGAAAGUGCGACCGUCACGCUCUGCGACCUGAGGUCAGGCUCCAACACGCACCAGCUGCGGGGUCACGCGGCCGCCUCGGUCGACACGUGCCGCUGGUCUCCUGCCCAUCACCACCUGCUGGCCACCGGCGGACGCGACAAACGGAUUCUGUUCUGGGACGUGCGCUACGCCAAGAGCCAGCUGGCGUCGCUGGGCCGGCAUCACCCGCGCGAGAACGUGGCGCACCGCGCGCCCGUGGCCGGUCUGCGCUUCCUAGCCGACGGCCGCCACCUGGUGUCGGUGGGGCGCGACGGCGCCUGCGCCGUCUGGGACCUGCUGACGGGCCGCGCGUGCUGGCUCGCCAUCCCACGUCUGCGGCUCAGCAACACCGCCGGCCUGGGCUACCAGCUGGCGGUGACGGCCGACGGCCGCCGCCAGCUGGCCUUUCUGCCGGACGGCACCCAGCUGGCCACCUGUGACCUGGGCGGCGGCCGGCUGUGUCAGAGGCUCGACGGUCACCUGCGGCCCGUGCUCGCGUGCGAGUACGAUCGCCGCUGCGGCCGGCUGCUGACGGCCGGCGCUGACAAUAACGUGCUGGUGUGGAGCGCCGCCAGGACGAGCGCGCACGAGCAGGCGCGGCGGCCGGACGCCACCGGCCGGGCGUCGAACGGGGCCGGCGAUGUGAUGCAGGAUGAGUGGAGCGAUGACGACUAGCACGCCGGCAGGGCGUAGGCAGGCCGUAGGCAGGCCGUAGGCAGGCCGUAGGCAGGCCGUAGGCAGGCCGUAGGCAGGCAGGCAGCGUGCAGGAGAGGGCCACGAGCGGAUGUGAUUGUGCUCGUCAUGUACCAGCCAGUGAUCGUUUUGACACGUUUGCGGUAACCACUGCGUGUUGAGGAAACCAGAGAUACGGAGUGAGAUUCCCCGCGACACCCGCCCUUGCUGCCGGUGUGAGAGGCAGCCGACGCCAGAUAGCCUCAUCAGCUGAGCGUGUUGUAAAGCCCCAAUGACAACAGAACCAUGUUUGUGUUGUGCUUGGUCGGUAGAUUGUUGCAAACUGAGGUAACGAGAGACCGCUGUGCAUCGAUGAAGAUGUCGGACACAUUUGCCGAUAUAUAU